AUGAGUCCACGCCGUGGUGGUACGGCGUUGUUGGCUGGCGUGGCUGCCUUACUAGUGGCCGUUAUUCUGCCGCUGGCGAAAGCCCAAGUCAUGGCAGUGGAAAUCUCCUGUCCAAAUAACGAGACUCAGGCUAAUGAUCGUGGGCUGUCAACCGCUAAUGUCACCUGGUCAGCAGAACCAUCAGCCAAUGACUCAGAUGGCAGUGUAAUCAACUCUACCAACAUUACAUGUGUGAACGAGCUUGGCAAUGUUGUGGCUUCAAUGGACCCGUAUCCAGUUGGCCAAACGACUGUGAACUGCACUGCUCAGGGGCAGAAUGAAACGGCAUCUUGCGUCUUUUACAUCACGGUGAAUGUCAUGGCAGUGGAAAUCUCCUGUCCAAAUAACGAGACUCAGGCUAAUGAUCGUGGGCUGUCAACCGCUAAUGUCACCUGGUCAGCAGAACCAUCAGCCAAUGACUUCGAUGGUAGUGUAAUCGACUCUACCAACAUUACAUGUGUGAACGAGCUUGGCAAUGAUGUGGCUUCAAUGGACCCGUAUCCAGUUGGCCAAACGACUGUGAACUGCACUGCUCAGGGGCAGAAUGAAACGGCAUCUUGCAUCUUUUACAUCACGGUGAAUGACAACGAAGCUCCGAAUGUCACGUGUCCAACUGAUAAUACUACCAAUGUGGAUGCUUCAUUGGCUGGUGCCUAUGUGAUUUGGUCAGUUUCACCGAAUGCCACUGAUGUUGUUGAUGCUACAGUUAAUGCUGACAGCGUUGUUUGUGAAGAUCAUCUUGGCAAUAAUGUGACAUCUGGUGAAUUUUUCCAAGCCGGUGUAACAACAGUGACUUGUAGAGCUAACGAUACUAGCCUAAAUGAAGGGUCCUGUGCGUUUUUCAUCAACGUUACUGACAACGAAGCUCCGAAUGUCACGUGUCCAACUGAUAAUACUACCAAUGUGGAUGCUUCAUUGGCUGGUGCCUAUGUGAUUUGGUCAGUUUCACCGAAUGCCACUGAUGUUGUUGAUGCUACAGUUAAUGCUGACAGCGUUGUUUGUGAAGAUCAUCUUGGCAACGUUGUGACUUCUGGUGAAUUUUUCCAAGACGGUCUAACAACAGUGACUUGUAGAGCUAACGAUACUAGCCUAAAUGAAGGGUCCUGUGCGUUUUUCAUCAACGUUACUGACAACGAAGCUCCGAAUGUCACGUGUCCAACUGAUAAUACUACCAAUGUGGAUGCUUCCUUGGCUGGUGCCUAUGUGAUUUGGUCAGUUUCACCGAAUGCCACUGAUGUUGUUGAUGCUACAGUUAAUGCUGACAGCGUUGUUUGUGAAGAUCAUCUUGGCAACGUUGUGACUUCUGGUGAAUUUUUCCAAGACGGUCUAACAACAGUGACUUGUAGAGCUAACGAUACUAGCCUAAAUGAAGGGUCCUGUGCGUUUUUCAUCAACGUUACUGACAACGAAGCUCCGAAUGUCACGUGUCCAACUGAUAAUACUACCAAUGUGGAUGCUUCAUUGGCUGGUGCCUAUGUGAUUUGGUCAGUUUCACCGAAUGCCACUGAUGUUGUUGAUGCUACAGUUAAUGCUGACAGCGUUGUUUGUGAAGAUCAUCUUGGCAACGUUGUGACUUCUGGUGAAUUUUUCCAAGACGGUCUAACAACAGUGACUUGUAGAGCUAACGAUACUAGCCUAAAUGAAGGGUCCUGUGCGUUUUUCAUCAACGUUACUGACAACGAAGCUCCGAAUGUCACGUGUCCAACUGAUAAUACUACCAAUGUGGAUGCUUCAUUGGCUGGUGCCUAUGUGAUUUGGUCAGUUUCACCGAAUGCCACUGAUGUUGUUGAUGCUACAGUUAAUGCUGACAGCGUUGUUUGUGAAGAUCAUCUUGGCAACGUUGUGACUUCUGGUGAAUUUUUCCAAGACGGUCUAACAACAGUGACUUGUAGAGCUAACGAUACUAGCCUAAAUGAAGGGUCCUGUGCGUUUUUCAUCAACGUUACUGACAACGAAGCUCCGAAUGUCACGUGUCCAACUGAUAAUACUACCAAUGUGGAUGCUUCAUUGGCUGGUGCCUAUGUGAUUUGGUCAGUUUCACCGAAUGCCACUGAUGUUGUUGAUGCUACAGUUAAUGCUGACAGCGUUGUUUGUGAAGAUCAUCUUGGCAACGUUGUGACUUCUGGUGAAUUUUUCCAAGACGGUCUAACAACAGUGACUUGUAGAGCUAACGAUACUAGCCUAAAUGAAGGGUCCUGUGCGUUUUUCAUCAACGUUACUGACAACGAAGCUCCGAAUGUCACGUGUCCAACUGAUAAUACUACCAAUGUGGAUGCUUCAUUGGCUGGUGCCUAUGUGAUUUGGUCAGUUUCACCGAAUGCCACUGAUGUUGUUGAUGCUACAGUUAAUGCUGACAGCGUUGUUUGUGAAGAUCAUCUUGGCAACGUUGUGACUUCUGGUGAAUUUUUCCAAGACGGUCUAACAACAGUGACUUGUAGAGCUAACGAUACUAGCCUAAAUGAAGGGUCCUGUGCGUUUUUCAUCAACGUUACUGACAACGAAGCUCCGAAUGUCACGUGUCCAACUGAUAAUACUACCAAUGUGGAUGCUUCAUUGGCUGGUGCCUAUGUGAUUUGGUCAGUUUCACCGAAUGCCACUGAUGUUGUUGAUGCUACAGUUAAUGCUGACAGCGUUGUUUGUGAAGAUCAUCUUGGCAACGUUGUGACUUCUGGUGAAUUUUUCCAAGACGGUCUAACAACAGUGACUUGUAGAGCUAACGAUACUAGCCUAAAUGAAGGGUCCUGUGCGUUUUUCAUCAACGUUACUGACAACGAAGCUCCGAAUGUCACGUGUCCAACUGAUAAUACUACCAAUGUGGAUGCUUCAUUGGCUGGUGCCUAUGUGAUUUGGUCAGUUUCACCGAAUGCCACUGAUGUUGUUGAUGCUACAGUUAAUGCUGACAGCGUUGUUUGUGAAGAUCAUCUUGGCAACGUUGUGACUUCUGGUGAAUUUUUCCAAGACGGUCUAACAACAGUGACUUGUAGAGCUAACGAUACUAGCCUAAAUGAAGGGUCCUGUGCGUUUUUCAUCAACGUUACUGACAACGAAGCUCCGAAUGUCACGUGUCCAACUGAUAAUACUACCAAUGUGGAUGCUUCAUUGGCUGGUGCCUAUGUGAUUUGGUCAGUUUCACCGAAUGCCACUGAUGUUGUUGAUGCUACAGUUAAUGCUGACAGCGUUGUUUGUGAAGAUCAUCUUGGCAACGUUGUGACUUCUGGUGAAUUUUUCCAAGACGGUCUAACAACAGUGACUUGUAGAGCUAACGAUACUAGCCUAAAUGAAGGGUCCUGUGCGUUUUUCAUCAACGUUACUGACAACGAAGCUCCGAAUGUCACGUGUCCAACUGAUAAUACUACCAAUGUGGAUGCUUCAUUGGCUGGUGCCUAUGUGAUUUGGUCAGUUUCACCGAAUGCCACUGAUGUUGUUGAUGCUACAGUUAAUGCUGACAGCGUUGUUUGUGAAGAUCAUCUUGGCAACGUUGUGACUUCUGGUGAAUUUUUCCAAGACGGUCUAACAACAGUGACUUGUAGAGCUAACGAUACUAGCCUAAAUGAAGGGUCCUGUGCGUUUUUCAUCAACGUUACUGACAACGAAGCUCCGAAUGUCACGUGUCCAACUGAUAAUACUACCAAUGUGGAUGCUUCAUUGGCUGGUGCCUAUGUGAUUUGGUCAGUUUCACCGAAUGCCACUGAUGUUGUUGAUGCUACAGUUAAUGCUGACAGCGUUGUUUGUGAAGAUCAUCUUGGCAACGUUGUGACUUCUGGUGAAUUUUUCCAAGACGGUCUAACAACAGUGACUUGUAGAGCUAACGAUACUAGCCUAAAUGAAGGGUCCUGUGCGUUUUUCAUCAACGUUACUGACAACGAAGCUCCGAAUGUCACGUGUCCAACUGAUAAUACUACCAAUGUGGAUGCUUCAUUGGCUGGUGCCUAUGUGAUUUGGUCAGUUUCACCGAAUGCCACUGAUGUUGUUGAUGCUACAGUUAAUGCUGACAGCGUUGUUUGUGAAGAUCAUCUUGGCAACGUUGUGACUUCUGGUGAAUUUUUCCAAGACGGUCUAACAACAGUGACUUGUAGAGCUAACGAUACUAGCCUAAAUGAAGGGUCCUGUGCGUUUUUCAUCAACGUUACUGACAACGAAGCUCCGAAUGUCACGUGUCCAACUGAUAAUACUACCAAUGUGGAUGCUUCAUUGGCUGGUGCCUAUGUGAUUUGGUCAGUUUCACCGAAUGCCACUGAUGUUGUUGAUGCUACAGUUAAUGCUGACAGCGUUGUUUGUGAAGAUCAUCUUGGCAACGUUGUGACUUCUGGUGAAUUUUUCCAAGACGGUCUAACAACAGUGACUUGUAGAGCUAACGAUACUAGCCUAAAUGAAGGGUCCUGUGCGUUUUUCAUCAACGUUACUGACAACGAAGCUCCGAAUGUCACGUGUCCAACUGAUAAUACUACCAAUGUGGAUGCUUCAUUGGCUGGUGCCUAUGUGAUUUGGUCAGUUUCACCGAAUGCCACUGAUGUUGUUGAUGCUACAGUUAAUGCUGACAGCGUUGUUUGUGAAGAUCAUCUUGGCAACGUUGUGACUUCUGGUGAAUUUUUCCAAGACGGUCUAACAACAGUGACUUGUAGAGCUAACGAUACUAGCCUAAAUGAAGGGUCCUGUGCGUUUUUCAUCAACGUUACUGACAACGAAGCUCCGAAUGUCACGUGUCCAACUGAUAAUACUACCAAUGUGGAUGCUUCAUUGGCUGGUGCCUAUGUGAUUUGGUCAGUUUCACCGAAUGCCACUGAUGUUGUUGAUGCUACAGUUAAUGCUGACAGCGUUGUUUGUGAAGAUCAUCUUGGCAACGUUGUGACUUCUGGUGAAUUUUUCCAAGACGGUCUAACAACAGUGACUUGUAGAGCUAACGAUACUAGCCUAAAUGAAGGGUCCUGUGCGUUUUUCAUCAACGUUACUGACAACGAAGCUCCGAAUGUCACGUGUCCAACUGAUAAUACUACCAAUGUGGAUGCUUCAUUGGCUGGUGCCUAUGUGAUUUGGUCAGUUUCACCGAAUGCCACUGAUGUUGUUGAUGCUACAGUUAAUGCUGACAGCGUUGUUUGUGAAGAUCAUCUUGGCAACGUUGUGACUUCUGGUGAAUUUUUCCAAGACGGUCUAACAACAGUGACUUGUAGAGCUAACGAUACUAGCCUAAAUGAAGGGUCCUGUGCGUUUUUCAUCAACGUUACUGACAACGAAGCUCCGAAUGUCACGUGUCCAACUGAUAAUACUACCAAUGUGGAUGCUUCAUUGGCUGGUGCCUUUGUGAUUUGGUCAGUUUCACCGAAUGCCACUGAUGUUGUUGAUGCUACAGUUAAUGCUGACAGCGUUGUUUGUGAAGAUCAUCUUGGCAACGUUGUGACUUCUGGUGAAUUUUUCCAAGACGGUCUAACAACAGUGACUUGUAGAGCUAACGAUACUAGCCUAAAUGAAGGGUCCUGUGCGUUUUUCAUCAACGUUACUGACAACGAAGCUCCGAAUGUCACGUGUCCAACUGAUAAUACUACCAAUGUGGAUGCUUCAUUGGCUGGUGCCUAUGUGAUUUGGUCAGUUUCACCGAAUGCCACUGAUGUUGUUGAUGCUACAGUUAAUGCUGACAGCGUUGUUUGUGAAGAUCAUCUUGGCAACGUUGUGACUUCUGGUGAAUUUUUCCAAGACGGUCUAACAACAGUGACUUGUAGAGCUAACGAUACUAGCCUAAAUGAAGGGUCCUGUGCGUUUUUCAUCAACAUUACUGACAACGAAGCUCCGAAUGUCACGUGUCCAACUGAUAAUACUACCAAUGUGGAUGCUUCAUUGGCUGGUGCCUAUGUGAUUUGGUCAGUUUCACCGAAUGCCACUGAUGUUGUUGAUGCUACAGUUAAUGCUGACAGCGUUGUUUGUGAAGAUCAUCUUGGCAACGUUGUGACUUCUGGUGAAUUUUUCCAAGACGGUCUAACAACAGUGACUUGUAGAGCUAACGAUACUAGCCUAAAUGAAGGGUCCUGUGCGUUUUUCAUCAACGUUACUGACAACGAAGCUCCGAAUGUCACGUGUCCAACUGAUAAUACUACCAAUGUGGAUGCUUCAUUGGCUGGUGCCUAUGUGAUUUGGUCAGUUUCACCGAAUGCCACUGAUGUUGUUGAUGCUACAGUUAAUGCUGACAGCGUUGUUUGUGAAGAUCAUCUUGGCAACGUUGUGACUUCUGGUGAAUUUUUCCAAGACGGUCUAACAACAGUGACUUGUAGAGCUAACGAUACUAGCCUAAAUGAAGGGUCCUGUGCGUUUUUCAUCAACGUUACUGACAACGAAGCUCCGAAUGUCACGUGUCCAACUGAUAAUACUACCAAUGUGGAUGCUUCAUUGGCUGGUGCCUAUGUGAUUUGGUCAGUUUCACCGAAUGCCAUUGAUGUUGUUGAUGCUACAGUUAAUGCUGACAGCGUUGUUUGUGAAGAUCAUCUUGGCAGUAAUGUGACUUCUGGUGGAUUUUUCCAAGACGGUGUAACAACAGUGACUUGUAGAGCUAACGAUACUAGCCUAAAUGAAGGGUCCUGUGCGUUUUUCAUCAACGUUACUGACAACGAAGCUCCGAAUGUCACGUGUCCAACUGAUAAUACUACCAAUGUGGAUGCUUCAUUGGCUGGUGCCUAUGUGAUUUGGUCAGUUUCACCGAAUGCCACUGAUGUUGUUGAUGCUACAGUUAAUGCUGACAGCGUUGUUUGUGAAGAUCAUCUUGGCAACGUUGUGACUUCUGGUGAAUUUUUCCAAGACGGUCUAACAACAGUGACUUGUAGAGCUAACGAUACUAACCUAAAUGAAGGACAGUGA